AUGGAAGCAGACGUAGGAGCUCUCCUUGAGCGCGCUACUCCACUCGCCAAUGUUGAGCUGCAUCGCGGCGGUUACGUCCCUGACACGGACGAGGAAUAUGCGCUGAGAAGAUCUUCGCGCGAAAUAUCAGCGAAAAUGUUGGCGAUCGACUCCGAGAUACAAAUGCUCUCCGUCCUUCGCGGGAAGCUAUCUGGUCAGCUUGAACUCAAUCAAGCCCUUCUCGCACCCGUCCGCCGACUUCCGAACGAAAUCCUGUUCAAGAUAUUCACCUACUAUGCGCAUCCGAUAGGCUUCUUCACGCCCUUUCUGAUAACGCGGACCGUGGCCUGCGUCUCUCGCGCAUGGCGUGCUGCUGCGCGAGGCACUCCGGGACUAUGGACUUCCAUCUCGUCAAGAACGGUAUACCCCGGAUGCUCCCCUCCAUCGCAGACUGCUUGCGCAAUGCAGGCUGACAUGACGGGGAUGCUGCCACUGCAAUUAUCUCAUCCCGUUAGCGAUGACGCCGCUCUACAGCACUUUACGCAGGCGCUGGACACGUAUGCCUCCCGCUGGCAAUUCAUCUCCUUCCACGGAUCCUGCAGCACUCUCCGAAAAGAGCCUCGUCGUAGCCUCCCGAGCUUGGAAGCUGCAGCAGUGACCAUCGUUGGUCCGCCCACAGGCGACGUGCUUGAUUUCCUUGCUGACGCACCUGCAUUGAAGGACUUGAAGGUCGUGUUCAAUUACCUCGAAAGCGAGCUACCGGAGACCUUCAUGGUUCCUUCAUUCCCGGAACUCACCAUCUUCCCUACGCUCACACACCUAUCGCUUUCCUUCAACAGUUGUCUGCGACUCGACAUGAUCUGCCCUGCGCUGGACACUUGUCGCGGCACCCUUAUCUCUCUGACUUUGUCCAUGGCCAUCGAUUCGGGCUGGGGGAUGGUAUUGGGGGGUUGGAUCGUACCCAUUACGAUGACCGCCCUCGCAACCAUCGAACUGGGCUCAGCGUGUUACGAAGUGCUCGAGCACAUCGACACACCAGCUCUCCAGGAAAUAACCAUUCGCGACGUGUCGGAGGAUAUGCGUUCCCCAUUCCCUGCGCUCACAGAGUUCGCAUCCCGCACGCACCCCUCUGGAACGCUCACGAGGCUCAAUCUGUGGAAUAUAGAGGAGGAAGACGAGACGAGCGACUCCUUGCUACUGUGCUUGGACGAGUGGGGUGGUCUUCAAGAAUUGUGCGUCGUGGAGCCGGAGAACCACGCCCCCAUGAUGCCGGAUUGGGCUUUCAAGCAUCUUCAAUGUGCGGCCGACGAGGUGCCGACGCUCCCGAACCUCAAGGCGUUCUCCCUCACCGCGAGGCCCCGCCGGCCAUGGAACGCGUAUAAAGCAGCAUUGGAAGCGAUGAUUCUGUCUAGGGAAUCGGCGAUGGAGUGCGCUUCGGAAGCCGUCGUUGCUUUAGAGCGCGUGGACCUGAAAGUGGACUAUGUGCGAGGCUUCCCACCUGCUGACUCCAAAAUCAUGCAAUGGGUACUGACGAACGAUCCCGCUAUCACCCUCGCUCACCCCAAAUCUGUGCAAUGCUUCAUUGAAGCCAUCGCACACAACCCUGCCGUUCAACUCAGCCUCGAGCACGUCCACCUCGUCGCGCCAGAGCACCCCGAGGACCGCAGCGCCAUGCUCCACGCCCUCCUCGCGCUCUUCUCCAUCACGCGCUCCGCCUACACCCGCCUCACCCCGCGACUCACUUGCAUAUAUGCGCACGGGCCAUGGACGCCCGCCGAGACACGCAUGCUGGCCGACCUUACGCACUCCCCGCCCUCCCGUUUGCGCGCGCUGCUCCCGCGUGAGCAUCCCUUGGUGCAUGUCGUCCACCGAACCGUCGCCCACGUCCGUGCCGCACAUCCUCCCGCGCCCCGGCGGCCCACCACGCAGGAGAAGAUCCGCGACGCACUUAGCCGCGUCGCGCAUUUGCACCUCAAGCGUCGCGCGCAGCACACGUCGAUGGCGCACGCGCACGAGAUGGCGAUGCGCAGCGACGAGGAGAUUAGCCGGUCGGCGUUCGAUACGCGGGAGAUGCGGAGGACUUUCACAAAUGCUUUGGCACACUUGACGCGGUCCAAGGCAUCCAGAAACCCGAAGCCGAAGGCGAGGACGGUGCCAGCCGCGGCGCCCUGGUUCGUGUCGACGCGCAGGGCGACGGCGUUGGUGGUCGAGGCGCGCCGAAAUGCUCGCCCAUCGCGCGCAAUUGCACCGGCCAUGCGACGGAUAGCUAGCGGCAACUCGCCACGCCGUUUGUCGAUUUCAGCCUACUUCCCAGUUCGUCGUGGUUCGCUGUCAAGCUUCUUCCCUCUGUCGGCGCCGAUGCUGUCCUUCUCGCUGCCUUGCCCACCGGAGACUGUAACGCUGAUUGUGGUCGACCAGACCAUGAAGGUGGGGCAGACAUUGGGAACCAGGGCAGUGUCAGUCUGGACGGCUUGGCCAUUGUAUCUCAUUCUGUUCUCGCUGUUCCUCGCAUAUCGCACGCUUCUUCUCUAUGGCUCGCAUUAG